AUGGCGGAAACUGAUUAUGAUAGUUAUUCUGUGGUAGCAUCUAUAGACAUUGACACAACUCGUUCAAGCUAUGCAUUUGGAUUUACAUAUAACUUAAAGAAGGACCAGUCAGAUAUUUAUAUCCCGUCAUGGCGUCAACAUGGCACGAUGUCUAACAUGACAUCUACAACAGUCUUGUUAAACAAAAAGAGAGAAUUUGUGGACUUUGGUUAUGAAGCAGAGGAUCGGUAUGAAAGACUUGCUGAAGAAGAAAAGAAGGAGGACUAUUAUUAUUUCCAUAGAUUUAAAAUGUUACUUAAUGACAAGAUCAGGACAACAACACUGACAUUGAGUACAACAAUUCCAGACAUUCAUGGUAAAGAACUACCAGCAGUAGAAGUUUUCUCACAUGCUAUCAAAUUCCUCAAAAAUCAUCUUUUGGGAAAUAUAUUUAAAGAUUUAGAACAAAGGAAUUCCAUUGCUACAGAUAAGGAUAUAUUUUGGGUUGUCACCGUUCCCGCAAUUUCGGAUAAUAAUGCAAAACAAUUCUUGAGGAAGGCUGCAGAACAGGCAGGUAUAGACAAAGACAAACUACGAAUCGCACUAGAGCCAGAGGCAGCUUCCAUUUGGUGCAAGCAUCUACCUGUGGCAAAACUCAAAGAAAGUAAUAACAGAAUAGACUCUUUUCAAGUGGACAGCAAAUAUCUUGUUCUGGAUGCAGGAGGUGGAACUAUCGACAUAACUACUCCUGAGGUCAAAGACGGAGGAAAACUGAGGGAAUUGACGAGGGCCAGUGGAGGGGACUGGGGAGGGGUUAGUGUGGACAAAGCCUUCGAGGUCGUUCUAACUGAGGUUGUAGGAGAAGGCCUGAUGAAGGAAUUUCGCCGCACAUACACGGCCGACUACUUCGAAUUGUUUAGGGAUUUUGAAAUAAAGAAGAGGAAAAGAAACGAAAGUAAGAAGGAUGAAGCGUUUGUUACAUUGAAAAUACCUCUUAGUUUGGUAGAACUUUGCGGAAACAUGGCAGGCAUGAUUGCAUGUACCAAAUACAAAGGCAAUAUUGAUCUAGAGUUAGAUAAACUGAGAAUAAACCGUGCAACUUUUGAAGACCUCUUUAGGACCACGUGCGACAGAGUGGUCGAUCAUGUUAAAAAACUUCUCCAAUCACCAAAAGCGAAAGGCGUUGACUUUAUCCUUAUGGUAGGUGGGUUUUCAGAGUCACCAGUUUUGCAAGAUGAAAUAAAAAGUGCUUUUUGUUCCAAGUAUCGGGUCAUUGUUCCCCAGGAAGCCGGACUGACAGUACUCCGCGGUGCGGUGCUUUUUGGAAAAGAUCCCAGUACGAUCGACUGCCGAAUAGCACAGAGAACGUAUGGAAUAGCUUCAACUCGAACAUUCGAUCACAAAAUACACAAAGAAUCAAAGAAAUUUCAAGUAAAUAAAGUGGACAGAUGUGACGAUCUAUUUAGUAGACAUGUAAAGAAAGACGACGAACUCAUUUUGAACGUGGCCCAGGCAGAAAAAUCUUAUACGCCUUUGAAAGCUGACCAAGAAAGUAUGCAUAUUUCCUUGUAUAAAUCAGAAGUCGAUAACCCCAUGUAUAUAGAUGAUCCAGGAUGCACAUAUCUAGGAAGUUUUGAUGUUCCAAUGCGAGACACCACUGGCGGACUAGACAGAGAGGUCAAAGUUCGCUUGCUUUUUGGGGACACUGAAAUAGAAGUGAAGUGUUUGGUUGUUAGAACUGGUAAAGAAACGUCAUACCAAUUUAAAUUUCUUGAAGAUGAACCUUAAAUUGUUUUUCCUGAAGUUUAAAUGACAUGUUUGUUGACAUUAUUUAUUUAACUCAUGUACAUUUAAAAUUACUUGUACACAAAAUUUUCUAGUUUGUAACUUUGUAUACAUUAAUAUUUUGGCAAUUAAUACACGUGAAGUACCGGUGUUGUACAGUAAUAUC